AUGAAGUUCGGUCGCGUGCUGCAGCUCCGUGCCAUCCCCGAGUGGCGGGAGUCGUACAUCGGUUACAAGCGCUUCAAGCGGCUGCUCAAGAGGCUUCCGACGGCUCAGUCCAGCGGCUCCUUCUCUCCGACGGCGUCGCUCUCGCUGCGGGAACCGUCCGAGCUCGAGGCGCCGCUGCUCUCCGGCCCGUACGCCGAGGUCGAGGCGCUCUUCUUUGCCGCACUCGACGACGACUUGCGCCGGGUCAACGAGGUGUCUGUGGCGGAGACCGAGUCGAUCGAGACGAGCGUCGCGCUCGCGACGGGCGGUGAGGCGCUCCUGUCGCAGGAGGAGGUGGCGGCGCUGUACUGCCGGCUCGCCAAGCUGCGCUCCUUCAUGUGUGUCGGGCAGCCCGUCCCGCUCGUCUUCUGCUGCGCGCUCGCCUGCUCGGCCGCGAUGGCGCUCCCCGUCUCCUCCUUCCCCAACCUCAACUCGCUGAUGGCCGAGGAUGACCUCGGCGACUCCUACCUCUCGUCGGCCCACUUCCUCGCCACCGGCGUCCCCGCCACCGCCCUCGCCGGCGUGCUCGUCGCCACCCUCGGCUAUGGCCUCAGUCUGGAGCUGCUUGCAGGCGUGGUCACCGAGUACGACCGAGGUCGCAGAGCCUUUUGGCGACGCGACGCGCACGUCGCCAAGGAGUUCGUAAAAUCUCCAACGGACUGGCUCGCAAACGAGCUGGCCGAGUAUGGAGAGAUUGAUGCGGCAUGCCGCGACAGAUUUGUGAUGCACCUGAUGACGGCCGCCGGCGCCUCGGCGCCGGCCGACGCCGUGUUCAGGUUCACAGCCGGCGAGGCGAUGCAGACCUCUCGCCCGACCUCCGCGUCGGGCGAGGACGACGACGAGGACACCGGCUCCGAGGAGUCUUCCGACGACAGGGCGUCCGACUAG